UUACCCAGGAAAUUAAUUGCACAACCAAGAAUCAGAUUCCUUUCGCAUGUUUGUUAUAAAGAGUUUACUUGGUAUUAUUUGAAACAAAAGAGUGAAGGCAUGUGUAGUCGUUCGUAAGCUUUUAAAAUGGAAACUGUCAAAACAAAACGGGAAAGAUUCUUUGUAGCCAAGGUUGAUAAUUUCGUUUCUUUAAAAAGAUGCAUUGAAUCUGAGAAAUGGGCAUGUAGGGAUAGAGUGUAUGCUCCCCAACCUAGGGAUAUCCUGUCUUCGGCAUUUUGCGAAGGAAAGGUAUACAUAAUUUUUAGUGUUGUAAACUGCCAUGGCUGGCAUGGGUAUGCGGAAAUGUCCAGUUCAGUAGAUGCGAAUGAACAUAUCUCAGAUUUUGAGAUUCCCCAAACCAUAGGUGAUUGUGCUGAAAUUACAGGAAUUCGUAAGUCUCCAGUGUCCCAACGUGCAGGCUCUGAAUGGCAUUAUUUUAACGUAAAAUGGAUUGUUAACUUUGUGGAUUUUGGUGAGCAAUGUUUGCAAUCAAAACUAACUGAGGAUCUUUUUUGUUAUGAGAAGGAGCAAAAGGUAUCGGUGAACAAAUGUAGAAACUGGCAGGAGCUGGACACAGUAACAGGAAAGCUUUUGUGUGAUAGAAUAGAUGAAAAGAAAAAGGAGCUCAUAAGACUGGGACGAAUAAAAGAGGAACAGCGUUUGGACUCAGUUCCUAAACCAUUUUUUCAAGAAGACUCAGUUACGGAGACCUGGACAUGUAUUGUCUCCAAAGUGCAGUCUGAACUUGGAACUGUUUUGCUUGCUUGCCCAUUUGGUAGUCAAAGAUACAAUCUGCAGAGACCAGAAAGUGACUUGGACAUGUUUAUUGUUUAUCAAGCAAGAACAGCAGAUAUUUUGGGCUUUCAUCCUCCAAAACAAACCAUUAAGAAUCGUGAUAGUGAAAAAUGUGAUUACACUAUUCAUGAGGUGCAUCGUUUCUGUGAGCUGCUAAUGACCGGAGAUGGCAGAUGUGUGGAAACCUUGUUCUUGGACCAAUCUACAAUUGUAAGGUCAACACCAGAGUGGCAUGUCCUGACACAGGGGAGGCAAAUGUUCCUUAACAGGUUUUGCUUGGAGAAGUACAUGAGAGAUGCCGAAGGCAGUAAAGGCACCAAAUUGUUGGAGAGAUGGUGCACAGAUCAUCCAGAAGCUACACACCUCUCGGAUAAAAUGUGCAAACUUCUCUACAUCAUCAUCAGACUGUUACAGAAUGCCAGAGAGAUAGUGUGCAAUGAAUCUCUCACAGUGUACAGACCAGAUGGAUCUCCAAUGAGAGACGAGCUGAUGAACAUCAGGGCAGGAAAUAUGCGAGUGGAGGAGGCAAGAUUGGUCAUACAACGAUACACCUCUGAGAUCAAUGAGAAAGCAGCAACAGUUCCAAACAAUCCCAUAGAAGUAGAAGCCUUUCUCUCUGAGUGGCUAAUAAAGAUGAGAUACAAGGACUUUCAAAUGUAAUAGUUUCAGUGAAUGAAAAUGAAAGACAUGAUGCAUGUGAACAUAUGUAAUUUUAUUCAUUAUUAUAUUAUGUAUUGAGUAAUUGGAAUGUUACAGUGUAAAUGAUUUAAUUGUUGUAUUCGUAUUAAAAAAAUAAACAACU